AUGGAUUCUAGCCAAUCACAGGUUUCAGUUGGAUUUGAACGGGGCUCCGAUUACAAAGACACCUCCAGCCUCAACUCGCAAGCACUCCACUUCUUGCAGAAACAGCAUUCUUCGGCGAUUACAAAGGUCGUUGACUUUGAUCUACUGGCAGUCUUUCUAAUGCAGGGAUUUGAUGCUGGACAUCACAUCUGCAAGAUCAUCGGAAUGGUUGAGGGGGCUUUUACUGAGGCCACCCCACCUCAAAACAUGCUGAUGUAUCAAAUUGUUAAUGCAGCAAAAUUGGUUAAAACUCGGAUUCAGACGUACCAGGACCAAUUGAAGACUAACCCCAGCACCAGAAAACCUUUUUGCCUCCGCUUUCCAACAUAUGAAUUGGUUCUACAGCAUUCCAGCAAACUCGAAAAGAUGUGCGAAGUGUUGCCAACCGACGUCAUGGUUGUGCUGAUUGAUGAGGGUGGUAUUUGUGUUGGAGUUGGACUUCCACCAAAGCCUCCAUCUGACAAGACCGGCCAUAUGCCCUGUGAUGUGCGGGCCAUAAAGACGCUGGAUACGUUUGUAUCCAAAAAUGUUGUUAAAAUCAAAGAAGAUGAGGCUGUCCGCAUUGGUCCAAACGAAAACACUGCUCCACAUCCGCAAUCACCCUUUCCACUCUCAUCCAACCCAAAAGGCCUUGUCCGUUCUGCAAAGGGGGCCAAGGAUUCAAUGUGCUCUUAUCAAACAUAUGGAUUUGGCUUAGGCAGUCCACUCUCAGCCGGAGCUGCCGACAAGAAGAUUCCAUGUUCAACUCACCAAAUCAAGACUGAAGAGUUGCAGGGCCAUGGUGAAGAAUGGAAGUCUGAACCCGAACCUCACCUUCCGGAACCAAUGCGGUCUGAAACUGGUGCAACCCUUUGUGGCUUAGUUGAGCUUCGAUAUGAUACUGUAUUUUAUUCAAAGCUUUCGUAUUGGAUAAAUCGAAUCUUCCUACCCGAAUCAUCUGCCGUUGCCGAACGUGCCAUUGAAUUUUUAUCCAAAAAUCGAUCCUCGGCUGUCAAAGAAGCAAUUGAACAAGAAAACAACCGAAUUGUUGCUUCUCGAACUGUCUCAGUGAAUGUGCAGCCUUACACCCACCACGACAUUAAUAAUGCCCUCUUAAUGGACAGCGUAUUCUUUUUCGGGAAUCAUCUUGGUGGGGAGUUUAUUCUCCCAUCGCUUGGGGUGGCAUACUGUGGAUUGCAUGGAUACUCAUUCCAUGGACCGUUUGGUAUCCUUUUGCAUGGUGUGGCACAAUAUUACUUCUUGGAAGAAGUCAAGGAACCUAGGCGCUUUUCUCUGGCUAUGUGGAGCAGGGCUACGACUUUUUCAGCUAUUGCUCGAGGGGCUGCGUACAAAGCCGGUAAUCAAAUUUUUAGUGAUCCGGCAUACUGGCUACCCCUUUAUCCGGAAUACUCAUUGGAAAAAGUUUGUGAUUUGUUCAAAGAAGAAUGUAAAAUUGAUAAGAAAAUUAGGAAGAUAGAAUCAAUCAAAAACAAGCAAAUGAUUCCUGUUUAG